CUUGAAAAAUGGGGGGUGAAAUCUCUAGGGUAAAAGGCAAGAACAAUAUGAUCCCCCCAAACUUCCUUCGUCGACGUUUACAUGACAAGAGGAAAAGAAGGCGUUUUCAUAGGCCAACAAAACAAUCUACACCUUCAAAGAAAGAAUUGCUUUCAUAUGCUAUAGAAGAUGAUGAAAAUUUAGAAGGAAGCCUAGGAAAAAGUGAGUAUGUAAUUAAGGAUAUUAAAAAAGUUGAAGCAAAUGAUGAUCAUCAAGAAAAAGUGGCAAAAUUGAUAGAAGCAAUCGUUCAAGAAGACGACGACGAAGAAGAAGAAGAAGAAGAAGAAGAAGAAAGGGAUCAUGGAGAUGUUGAAGAUGAUGAUAAUAAUAAAGAUGAUCAAAGGAUGAUAAAACGUAGUUAUGAUGAUGAGGGACCUGGUUCACCAAGUUUUAGAGUAUAUUUCACAAAUAAUAACAAUGUUGUUGAAGACAAGAAGAUUAAUGAAGUAAUAAUUGGUAACAAGGAUGUCAUUAAGAACACAACUCCAAUUGCAGCUACUAAUAGACCAACAACCCUUAUUGCUGCUACCAUAUCAUCAACAGAGGUGGUGCCUGUGGGCAAGAAGGUGAAGAAAGAAACGAAGAGGAAGAGUUUUAAAAGUGCACUGUCAAAGAAUAUGCUGAACGUUCGAUCUUGUUACUCCAGGCACAAGCGCACCCAUAUUCUUCCUGGAAAAGCACCUGCUUGA